UCACCUCCAACAGAGAAACUUUCCUGGACUUCUUUCCUGGACUUCUUUCCUGGACUCUUGGAGUGAAAGUCCGGGCUGGGAGGAAGCUUCAUGCCGUAGAGAGAGCGGGGAUUUACUGACGUCCACCGGGGAACAUUCUGGCGGUAAAUGUUCGUUUGAUCUCAGAGGUGUCAGAGUUUCUUCUCGGGGUAACGACAGCUCAUUUCAGUCCCGUACCGGGGUGGAGGACAGGACUAUGCUCGGGAGUACUAACGUGUUCCUCCAGAAGUGAAUCUAACGGAGCCAGCAGUGACUCGGACCUAUUUCUCCUCCUCUAACUGCGUUGCUCGGUCGGUGGGUAUGGCUUGGAUUAAAUGGGGCCUCUUCUUCUCCUUCGGGUUUCUCCUCUCUCCGGGAAGUUCGGCAGCGGAGCAGCAGCAGAGUCAGAGCGGCUUCAGGAGGCUCUACGUGCUCCAGCCCGGCCCGAGGCUGGGGGCGACGGGAGCGGACGGCGGGGUCCGGGUCAGCUCCAUCUCCACUCUCCACGGAGCCUCGGGUCAGCCGCACACCUACAACCUGGAGCUCAGCUCCAGCUACGGCAGCCAGGUCCGGACCCGCAGGAUGGGGAAACAGGGCUCCAGCGGGCAGGAGCAGAGCCAGCAGAAGCAGCCCAUCAAACUGUCCGGGGUGAAUGUAUGUGGAGGACAGUGCUGUCAUGGCUGGAGUAAAGCUCAGGGAUCGCAGCGGUGCACCAAACAGGAGGACAGUGAUGGAGCUGUCAACAGAGAUGAAGAGAGGGGAGCCACAUGCAGGAAAGGAGCCCCAGGACAGUUAUGAACCCGGCCCACCUGAGCGCACGGGACAUGCCCCAACUGCUAGGCCGUCUGCACCCCUUUAACUGUUCCUCAAUAAAAGAAACAAGCAGAGGAAGCCAAGUUUCUGUAUUUCAGGGGGACAGUUUGGUGUUGUAUUUUAGGGGUGAGCACAGAAUCAGGAUACUUUGAGCUGUGAUAUAUCAGGGAUGCAUGAUAUCGCAUUUUUGCUGAUAUCCGAUAUUUUAAAACUCAUUUUGGUCGAUACUGAUGUAUUUAAACACCAAUUCCAUCCUGUACUACAAUAUAUAUGUAUAUUUAAA